AUGAUUCGUGUGAAGGAUCCCAAAGCGUCUCUCGACUUUUACGAAAAUGUACUUGGUAUGGAGCUGAUCGACAAAUUGGUGGGAUCAGACUUUACUUUGUACUUCCUGGCGUACCAGCACCAAAAGGUGUCUCCCUUGGGAAAGCGCGAGGCCGUGCUUGAGCUGACGCACAACCACGGCACCGAGAACGACCCGCACUUUGCCUACCACAAUGGCAACGCAGAGCCUCGCGGUUUUGGGCAUCUAGCCAUCUCUGUCGACAAUAUCGAGGCUGCGUGUGAGCGUUUUGAGCGUCUCGGUGUCAAAUGGCAGAAACGCUUGACAGGUAUGUUACAUAUAUUUUCGUUUGGGAGUACGGAAACUGACGAGCCAGACGGCAAGAUGAAGACAAUUGGUAGGUCGCAUGGCAUCUUUCCCAUUACUCAUACGUAUCCCAGCCUUCAUUCUUGA